CAGACAUGCUGGUACUGCUGAACCCCACGCUCCGAGCGGCUGCGCCGGGCCUGCUGUUGGCAAAGGUUGCUGCCUCGCGCAGCGUCGGCCACGGCGCUGUCCCCUGCGGCGGUGCACUGCCGCGCCCACUGCUGCCGCUGCAGCUUGAGGGUGCAGCGCCAUGCAGAGAGGCAGCUGCGCAGAACGCGGCCGCGGGGGGUGCGGUGCCGCUGGCCGCGACCUGCCGAGUCGCAGAUGCGCGGCGGGCUGCGAGCGCCAGCAGUCGCGGCAGCCGCGACGCGGGCCGCACAGCAGCAGCGCUGGGGGCGGCUGCUGCUGCCAAUGCAGCUGCUGCUGCUGUUGCUGGAUCUGUUGCAGAGCUGUUCUUAAGGAUUAACGGCGGUGGCCUCAGCGCCACUGCCGCCAGUGGUGCAGGUGGUCAUUCACUGGCCGCCCAGCACCCCUGGCCCUCCCUCAGUAGCUGGCGCACAAACGGCGGCUUCCCCCAGCCGCCGCUACUUGACACGCGCUCCAGCUGCAGCCUGCUGGAUGCUUGCGGAGAUAUCCAGGACUCGCCGCGGCAGCCCGGCAGCGCCAGCAGCACUGCUAGGCGCGCCUACCGCCACGCCACGGCUGCUGGGCACCUGACCAGCAGCCACAGCCGUGGCUACGGCGGCAGUGCCAGCACCGGUAGCGGCAGUAGCACUGCCGACACCAGCCCUGACGGCCGCCAGCAGCAGCACGGCCGUCUGACCCAUGAUGACCAACACUACCACCAGCGCCAACAGGAACUACUGCCGGGUGGCGGCAGUAGCAAUGGCGGCAGUAGCAGUGGCGGCAGUAGCAGCGGCAUCGGGGGCGGCGGGCUGCACGCCGGCGGCACGGGGCUGUUGCGCAGCCACGGCCCCAGCCCGGGGCUCCCGGUGCAGCCCGCUGUGGGCUCGCCGCCGCCGCCGCUGCAGCGGCCGGACCGCCUCGCGCACGAGACCGUGACGUCGGCGGCGGUGGCGGGACCCGGAGGGCGCCACGAGGCGGAUGCAUACGAGGGGGACCCACGGGAGGUCGUGCUGCGUGUGCUGCGCUCGGCCACCGCCGGCGCCUGCUGCAGCCCCGGCGCCGGCGCGGACCUUUGGUGCUCCGACGAGGACGAGGCGGAGGCGGCGGAGCUGUUGGGCUGCAGCACCACAACCGUGGUGGCGGCGGCGGCGUCAGGUGCAGCGGGUGCCGGCGCCGGGCUGGAUGUGGAGGCGGACGGCAUUGCCACGGAGCGUGCGGUGGACAGCUGCCUGGCCGCCUCCGCCGCCACACAGCGCCAGCUGAUGCGCCUGCCCGGACGCGAGCUGGCGGCGGCGGCGCUGGCGGUGCUGCCGCGCCUGCCGCCGUGGCGUGUGGCGGCGCUGGCAGUGGCUCUGGCCCGGAUGCAGCUGCUGGGGGCGGAGGGCUUCAAGUCAGGGCUGGUGGAGCAUGUGGUGGGCAGGCUGUACCAGUUCAGCCCGCAGCAGCUGGCUGACGUGGCCUGGGCUCUGGCCACAGCACGGCAGUACGACGUGUCGUUCCUGGAGGCACUGGCGGGCCGCCUGACCGCCACCGCCGCGCAGUGGGACGCGCGCAGUCUGGCGCAGGUGCUGUGGGCGUUCGGCCGCUUCAGCUUCGUACUCGGUGGGUCCACGGGGGCCGGCGGCGGCGGCGGCGGGGCUGGUGGCGCUCAGUCUGACUGGGCUCAGUCGCCGCCGCCGCCGGUGGGCGCAGAAGCGGUGGCUGCCAUGGUGGAGAAGCUGCAGGGCGAGCUGGACGGCGGCAGUGUGGCGGAGGUGGUGUACGCGGCGGGCGUCAUGUGCGGCAGUGCGGGCGACUGGCAGGCGGGGCGGCUGCAGCGACUGGUGGGAGACUUCGCGGCGGACAACAUGACGGCGUUUGGGCCUGAGGCUCUGGGCAAGUUGGCGGCGGGGCUCACCGGACUGGGUCUGCGGGACCUGGGCGGCGGGCAGCGGCGGCGGCUGUGUGCCGCGGUGGCGGGGCGGGCGGCGGAGCUGGCGGCGCGGCUGGAGCCCGAGGACCUGUGCAGGGUGGUGGGCCUGCUUGCGGCCAACGACUAUUGCGACGCGGAAGACGGUGGUGGCGGUGCCAGCGGCGGUAGCAGCUGCAGCAGCAACAGCAGCAGCAGCCUGCGAGCUCUGGCGGCGCGUGCGGAGGAGCUGGUGGGCACCACAGCGGCUGCGGCGGCUGCAGCCGUGGCGGGUGGUCGGCACCCGCACAUGCUGCUGCCGGCGUGUGAGCUGCUCGAGCCGGGUCAGGCGGAGGCGCUGGCGGCGGGCUUCCAGGCGCUGGGCGUGCCGCUGCGGGGGCUCCCGCUGGUGUCGUCGCCGCUGGGGCCUUACGCGGGUGGUGGCGGUGGUGGUGGCGGCGGCGGCGUGUCGUGUGGUCCGGCAGCGUUCAGGUAGCUAGGCGGCGAGCUGGCUGGUAGGUGGUGCCAGCACGCGGACGUGCUGAGUAGGAAGAACGCAAACUGAAGGGUGGCAAUGACGUGUCAGUGUUUGAUGAUGGGAGGCAAGAUGGCGACGUAAAUUGUGGGCGGAUCUCGUACAUUAACGCUACAGUGCCCAGUCCGAAUGCCGUGGGGAAUCUGUUGCUGUGGGAGAUAGACCUUGUCGGUCAGUUUGCCCCUGCUACACACUGCACGGACGCUUGAAUGUCAGUUACCAUGUUGCGAUGUUGCUGGGAGGCUGCGACGACGAGUCAGGCAAAGUGACACGGCUGCUGUGUGGCUUCCGCUUGAGCGCUAGCUGACGGAUGCAAGGUAAGAUUGUGGUGAGGCAAGAUUGCGGUAAGCUUCUACUGGCCCCUCUUUAUGAAGGCAUCUGGAGGAAGCUUUAUU